GGCCGCAGGACUGGGGCGGGAGUCGAGCCGGUGGCCGGGGCGGAACGUCCGGGCCGUGGGGAAGGCGGGACCGACGUGUGGGCUGCGGCGCAGGGACGGAAGAGGUGGCCGAGAGGUGUCCUGAGGCGGUGGACCCCGGCGCCGCCGGCUCCUGAGGGGCGACGCGGGCCCCUUCCGGCCUGGGCUGGUCGGCGGGGCCGCGGGAGCAGGGCGGGCCACGCGCCGGUCCGGCCCUGCGGCCCGCCAUCGGCGUUCUGGGGCCUGCGGGCGGCGCGCCCGCCCAAGGGCUGCGGGUCCAGCCGCCAUGUGUAGACCUUAAGCGCCAGUAGUCUUAGGAAGCGCUUUGACAUCUCUGAAGGGCUUUGUAUUGCAAACUAAAUCGAAGCUCUUUGUAGUCCCGGAAGCGCUUUGACAUCUCCGAGGUAGCGCUGUGCAAACUGAAGCGUUUGGUAAUCGUGGAAGCACGUUGUGGGCUGGGAAACCGAACCGAAGCCUUUAGUAAACCUUGCAGCGUUUUGACUUCUCCGAAGCGCUUUGGAAUCGCAAACAGUCGAAGCGCUUUGGCAUCUCUGAAACAGAGAACUGUGAUGGGCAGUGGAAAGAAGGGGGAAAGGUGCCCAUGGCGUCGGAGCGGCGCAAGGUCAAGUACCACUGGAGUAGCACUUCGGAAGGGUGUUCCCGCAAGCGCAGCUGCCUCCGGGAGACCAGUGAUGUGGCCCCCUCCAGACGGCCCGCUCAUAGCUCUGCGUCGCGUUCUGGAGGGGCCAGCAGCCCCAAGCGCCUGAAAGCCCAGAAGGAGGACGAUGUGGCCUGCACACCAAGGUUGUCUUGGGACUCAUCCCGCCGCAGAAAUUCUUCCUCUUCCUCCCAUUCCUCUGGCCCAGGUGUGGACGGGGCUGCCUCCAAAGGCUGCCUGAUUCGGAGCACACGGGGUUUCCUUUCGUCAGGGGGAUCUCUGCGCCCUGCCAACCCCUCUCUAGAAGAAAUGGCUUCUCUAGAGGAAGAAGCUUGCAGCCUUAAGCCUAAAGAAAGGGAGGUGGUGAUAGAACACAGCUCUUCAGGAAGUGACUGGUCCGAUGUGGAUGAAGUCUCCACAGUCAGAUUCUCUCAGGAGGAGCCUGUCUCACUGAAACCCUCGGCAGUUCCAGAGCCUUCUGCCUUCCCCACUGACUAUGUCAUGUACCCCGCCCAUUUGUAUAGUAGUCCUUGGUGUGACUAUGCUAGCUAUUGGACCAGCAGCCCCAAGCCUAGCUACCCUGCCAUGGGCAGCAGCAGCAAUGACACGUUGCAGGCUGGGAGGAGCAGCAGGGGCCUCCUGAGUGAUUAUUCCCCCAACUCGACAGUGAGCUCCCCAAACACCUCCAGAGACCUGGAGGUGACAGAGGAGGGCAGAUCCCAGAGUUCUCGUUCAUUUCGUUUCUCCAGAAGCUUGGAAGAAGAGGAGGUCAAGGAGAAAAGAACAUUCCGGGAGGAGAUACCACCCCGUUCUUGUGAAGGACAUGCAUCUAGCUCCCUGCCAAGGAGCCAUCGGGAGCCAAGCCUAGAGGAGGGUUUCAUUGAUACCCAUUGCCACUUGGACAUGCUCUAUUCUAAGUUGUCUUUCAAAGGGACCUUUAGCAAAUUCAGAAAAAUUUAUAGCAGCUCCUUCCCUAAGGAAUUUCAGGGCUGCAUCUCUGACUUCUGUGAUCCCAGGACACUGACAGAUUGCCUGUGGGAGGAGCUGUUGAAAGAGGAUAUGGUUUGGGGGGCUUUUGGCUGUCACCCUCAUUUUGCACGUUACUACAGUGAGAGUCAAGAAAGAAAUCUCUUGCAAGCUUUAAGGCACCCCAAGGCUGUGGCAUUUGGGGAAAUGGGUUUGGAUUACUCGUAUAAGUGCACCACGCCUGUCCCAGAACAGCACAAGGUAUUUGAGAGACAGCUGCAGCUGGCCGUGUCUCUAAAGAAGCCCUUGGUGAUCCACUGCCGAGAAGCUGACGAAGAUCUGCUGAGCAUCAUGAAAAAAUAUGUGCCCUCAGACUACAAGAUCCAUAGGCAUUGCUUCACUGGCAGCUACCCAGUCAUCGAGCCCCUGUUGAAGCACUUCCCCAACAUGUCUGUGGGCUUCACGGCAGUCCUGACUUACUCCUCCGCCUGGGAGGCCCGGGAAGCUCUGAAACAGAUCCCGCUGGAGAGAAUCAUCGUAGAAACCGAUGCCCCCUACUUCCUGCCUCGACAGGUUCCCAAAAGCCUUUGCCAGUAUGCCCACCCAGGCCUGGCCUUGCAUACAGUUCGAGAGAUUGCCAGGGUCAAAGAUCAGCCGCUCUCCCGCACCUUGGCUACUCUUCGUGAAAACACCAGCCGCCUCUACAAUCUAUAAGCAGUGAGGCUGCAGUCAGGAGUCACGCAUAAAAGGAUGACCAGUGGCCUGACAGAACACAGGCUGGGUUUCAACGCUGCCUGGGUCCCAGGACAAGAGUGUGUUUGGAGAGCCCAUUGGAAUGGAGAAAACCAGGACCAGAGGCAGGAUGUUUUCCUGGAAACUUUGUCAAAAGGCUUCUGCUUCUGGCUGCUGGGUGGAUGGGGUGGGGUGCAGUGAAGCGGGGUGAGGGGAAGGGUUUGCCUUUCAGGCACAAUGCUCCAGGGCAGUCAGGGAAGAAGAAAGAGGCUGGUAGGAGGGUGCAGUAAAUUUGCCAGCCCAGGUCCCUGUCCUCUGCAGCCUGUGUUUUAGAGCAGUCUGUGAAUAAAGUCACCUUCCUACUCGUCUAAGCACAUGUCAGUGUGUAACUUGGUUCCUGGUUCUCAGUUCUAAGAACGAACUCCUAGUGGGAAAUCUCCUGGGGGACCUUUGCUGGAAACCUGUCUCAGAGGUUUGUUUUCCUGCAACCAGUGGAGUCAUCCCCCUUCCUUCCCUGGAUAACUCUUCAAUGUGGUUGUUGCUGUGUCAACUCUGCGUCGGCACAGGUGGGACGACCUCAGCUGCUGGUCUCCCUGGUUCCACUGCCAUCGAUAUGGAGUGGGCAGCGGGGCACUCAUUGUAUAGGGAAGUCCUGGCUGAUGGAGAUCUGGACAGAUUGGGGGACUCAAGGAAGAGGUUUUCUGGAACAAGAUGACCCCAACGACAGUGUUCCCACUCACUGACACCCCAUCCCCAGGGCUGCAGCUUGGGCAUGUUAAAUUGAUAAGGGUCCAGCUUGCAGCAGAAGCUACCUGCUAGUUUGCUAUUGGGAUCCCAGCUGCCUUUUGUUCCAUUUUUGCCCCCUUCUGGAACACUGGACCAGGAAUACUCCUUCUUUUCAUUGCUUAUGACAGCCCCUCAUAUUCCCCAACCAGGUGGAGAGGUAGACCAUUUUAAUUCCCCAGAGCUCUGCUUGAGCCACUCAUCAUAUUCUAUUACCCAUGCAGGACAGGCAGUCCUGGUGUCUGUAAGUCUCUCAGUCACCCUCCUGUGUAUGUGGGGGGGUCUCCCUUGCCUUUGCCUCCUCUGUGUCCUUUCUCCAUGUUGCAAGUGAGAGCCUCUCCUUUGACUUUUGAGCAGCUAGAUCAUCUCAAGUUUUGAGCUGUGUUCUGUUCCCUGCUGGUGCCUUGUAAAGGUAUAUUCAUUACAGGCCCUGGAAGGUUGUAAUAAUCAAGGAUUAAGUGUGAGGACUCUGCACUCUGUCCAGAUGGAUCCUUUACCCCAGUCUCCCGCAGUGGAACACGUCACCCCGAGUCCCUUGUGUGUUUCUUGGAGGCCGGUAGCUUAAAUGUAAAGUCCAUCACUUACGCUGAAUUUCUCUAGGUGUUUUUGGAAGGUACAUUGGAGCCCUCUAAGUUAAAAGGGAAUGGACUUACCAUGUUUUAUAUUUGGUAUUUCUGUCUUGCCCCUGUAUACAAGUUGCUGGCCUGGGAAGUAGGCCUUGAUUCACCGUCGACCUUCCAUGGAUAGCUGUGUGUUGUCUGUGCCUCGAAUUUGGCAACGUGGGGAAUCGGGGGCUCAUUCUGCUUGGAAGAUUUUGCGGACUGCUAAGUAUUGAGUGCUUUAUUGUCACCCAAAUGAACUGCAGCAUAUUCAUCUCCUUCACAACGAGCCCUGUAAGUCAAUACUACCUAUACAGGAAACCAACUAGUCCUGUGUUAGAGGAUUAAAAAUGAUGACUAAAUGGAUGUCUCCGAGCCUAUGCAGUCUUCCUGCCAAGGUAAAGCACAAGGUGCUAUAUACUUUUAUCUCUAGGAUUUAGGAUUAUCAUUUCUGUGCUGGGGGCAUGAAAGCUGGUUAGCAAUGUUUAUGAUUUUGGAUGGCUGACUUGAUUGUUUUAGCUGUGCUGCCGGAAUGCCUCUGUAUUACCCCCACCUCUGGCUGUCAAUUUCUGAAAAUAAAGGAUGGACCCUCAGCCAAUUCCUGUGCUCUCCACAUUUGUUUA